AUUGCUAUGCACCUACUCAUAUGCACCAUGCGUAUUAUGCACUUGACCGUGUCGCCUAAAUUAUAAACCUAAUUGCAUUAAUAGGAUGCGUUUGAAAGUCAGAACCUCACUGCAGUUCCGCCGUCUUGUUUGCCGUCUUUCGUUGUACGAAAAUGGAGACUGCUCUCUUCUCCCCUUCUUCCCUCUUCGGCAACACUUCUGACAAUUCUUCUGAUGAGGAACCCAAUACCCAACAAAAUUUUGUUGAAAGAACCCACCAAUUUCCAGGAAUGGAGUUGAUCGUUCGGGAAUUCUCCUUCCACCAGCUGAAUGGGAAUUUGCUCUGGCCAGAUACAUGGGGUGACGCCUUUUCAAAUGGCAAUUCAAAUUGGGAUCUGAUAAUUGCAAGUGAUAUCUUAUUAUGUCAAAUUUGACCCACUAAAGCCAUAAACUCUCUUCCUUACUCUUGGGCUCUCAGCAAUGGCAGGCAAUGAAUGGAUGGAGUUGUCAAAGAUAUGGAUUUGAUUGUAAAAAUUACUAAAUGAAUUUGAUCAUCUAGAUUUAACUUUGUUUGCAUUGUUGAAUUGUAAACUAUAGUUAUUAGUUAUAGUUUUUUGUUAUUAGUUGUAGAUUUUGGACAAAUUGUUAUGUUUUAAUUAAUAAUAGUUGAGAUUCAGUUCAAUAAUUAUGAUUUUUAUAGUUAGAGUGUUUGGUUAUUAAUUAUGAUUUUGUUAAUUAGUUGUGAUAUUCGGGUAAAUAGCUAUGGUUUUAUGUUAAUAAUUUGCGUAUUUGGCUAUCUAGUUAUAAUUUUAGGGGCUAAUAGUUAAUUAGGUAUGGUUUUUGGUUAUUAGUUAUAGUUUUCGGGUUAAUAGUUAUGGUUUUAAAUGAAUAAUUUUAGUACUUCCUCCAUUUUUUAAUACUUGCAACACACUUUUCCACGGGAUUUAGAAAAGUGGCCUCACAUGAUCUGAUACACGUAUAAUAGGUGUGAGAGAAUGUUAGGAGUGUAAUUUAGUGGGCAAUGAGCUUUAAAUAAGGGCAAUAGUAGACUUUCUAUAAAAAAAUAACUUUCCAAUAGAAGUGUCACAAUUAUGACAAAAUGGAGGAAGUAUCCGUUAUGAUUUUGGCUUAACAGUUAUAGUAUUUGGGUCAAUAGUUUUGAAUAAUAGAUUAAUACUUAUGGUUUUUAAGUUAUUAGUUAUUAGUUAUGUUUUAUGUCAUAAGUUAUGAUUUUCAGGUUAAUAGUCGUUUUUUUUUUGGAUAAUAGUUAUGGUUUUUGAGGUUGCUCGUUAUGAUUUUUGGGUUAAUAGUUAUGGUUUUGAAUAAGUAGCGAUAGUAUUAGUUUUGAUUAUGGCUUAAUAGUUAUUGUAUCUAGGUUUAUAAUUAUGAAUUUUGAGUUAAUAGUUAAUGUUUUUAUACACGGCAGCCUAACAGUAUGUUACUCGUAUAUACAACCACGUGUAGGGUCCAAGAUUUAUGUGGAGGUUCUUUUUUUUUUUUUUCUUUUUUUUUAAUUCUUAUUAACCCUUAUUUGAACCUUAUUUAUACCUGUAUGAACUUCUUAAACCUUAUUUUAACUCCUUAACCAUUAUUUGAAGUUUUGAACAAACAUGAACUUUUAAAUGUGAAUUUUUUUUAAGCUGAAGCCUUGAUGUGUAGAGUAAAAUCAACAAUAAUAGGAAGAUUAAAACGCAAAGAACACACACAAAUUAUACGUGGAAAAUCCCUUCGAUGUGAAGAGUAAAAACCACGGGAUCGCUUUUGAAGUUCACCCUAAACUUCUUUUAUUGAUAAUUGUGGGUAAAAAUAAAUCCUAUUCAAUCUACAAAAGGUUCAUAUACCACCAACAACAAUAACAUUAAGAGAUGAACAAUUGAGAGACAAAAGAUGUAGAAAUCGCCAAAAUGAAGGCUUUUGUCCAGCAGCGAUUCGCCCGAUCUAAUUGUUCAAAUAGAGGCCUGAUGUGUCCUCUGACAAUUUAGUACGAUACAAUGGUCGAAAUUUCGGCAACGAAUAGUUUGCUGAAAACCCAAAUGGAGAAGCUCAACCCUUGGUUCUUUCUCUCUUUAUCUUUUCUGAUCUUGUGAUUAACAUUACAAAAUCGAAAAAUACCACAAAAAAAUCAAAACCAGUAGAUCUACAUAUUUAAUCAGAAUUUCAUAAAAAAAAUUAAAAAAAAAAAACGAUAAUUAAACAACAAAAUUAAAGGAAAUAUAUAAAUAUACAAUUAUCUAAUAAAAUUUAUAAAUUAACAUUACAAUUACAUAAAAAAUCAACUAGAUCUAUAAUCUAACCUAAAUUAAAACUAGAUUAACAAAACAAAAACCUUGAGAGUGGGUGGCUCGCAAUGGUGGUUGUCGGCUUUGUUGUUGUUGCGCCAUUGUUGUUGGUGUUUCUUCGUUGUUGUUUUGGUUGAUGUUGGUGGUGGACGGAGAGAGAAGAGGAGGACAUUGUAGCAUUGUUGUUGACGGUGCUUGAUGUUGGUGGUGGACGGAGAGAGAAGAGGAGGAUAUGGAGAGAGAAGAGAAAGAAGACAAGAGAAAGAGGAGGGAGAAGGAGAAAGAAGAUCGAGAAAGAGGAGGGAGGAGGAGUAAAGGAGAGAUCGAGAAGAAGAG